AUGAAGGGCUUCGUUGGAACCAGCCUCCUGGCACUUGCCGCCUUUUCAGCUUCAGCAAGUGCAGCCUCCAAUUGCGAGUCCGAGAAGAUCAUGGCUUUUGUUUGGCGAUACCACGUCAAAUCGACCGACAGCGUACCUGAUAUUCCGGGAAUCUGUGGCGGUCUCUGGGAUAACCUGAAGCGCUUUGGUGAAUGCGGCACGGCCUCGAAUACUUGGUGUGGGGAUGCUGGUGAUGGAAAACUCGGAUGGGACUUUAAUGUGGCAAACAAUUGCAAUCCUGGCAUGAUCGAGUCUACAUGGUAUGAGGCAACUCGUAACGAAUAUGGUCCGGUUGACUGCGUUGAGCCGGAGUGA